AUGUUCGUCCGACUCGAAGCACCAGUAUCGCGAGCUGAACUUGCUUUCAAGUUCGCUCAAGUAGACUCAGAGAUACAGCAUUUGCCAAUAACUCUACCUUUCCCUGGUGGCGUCCUUAAAUCACGUCCGGAGGAUAAGACAGGGCCUGAUUAUAUCCGAAUACUGAUCGAGAACAAUCAAGAUGUCUGGGACAAAUACAUGAAUCACCCUUAUCUGCAGGAACUUGCGAAGGGAACUGCUUCCCUGGAUGGAUUCCGAUAUUAUAUGAUCCAAGACACGAAAUAUGUGGAGAAAUAUAUCAGUGUUAGGAUGGCAUCCGUCUCCACUUCGGCAUUCGAAGAUGUGCAAGAAUUCGCCAUGAAGCUCCCGCACACUGUUAGUUACGUCGACGCUAUGAACCAGAUAUGCGAAAACAGUCUGGGACUUCCGAGGGCCGUCGUGAAAGAUACACCGCUCAGUAAACGGCUCCAAGCAUCUGUUGACUUCAACGUCAGCAUUGCCAGGGAAGGCAAUUGGUUCGAGAUGCAUAUCGCCUUGGUCCCGUGCAUCAUCGGAUACUCCGAUAUUGGAUUCAAGCUUGCAAGAGAUCCACGCACCAUCAGAAAUUCCCCAUACUACCGGCUUUGGGUACUUCUCAACGCCGACAAUUCCUACGCGCAAGCGUACCACACAUUCAUCAACCGGAACAUAGCCCACUACUGGACACCACAAGCUGAAGAACAAUGGAACAAGAUCUUCCGCCGCGCAUGCGAGUUGGAGAUGGACUUUUUGGACGUUGCUCGCGAUUUAUCGUCUCCUUAUCGCAUCGUGGACAAUGGGACGUAUAUGAUCAAGAACUUCUCAGAAGGGACAGUGAUGACCCUUCGCGGAGGCCGCUCAACCGAAGGCACUCCAGUCAUCCUGUCCAAGUCGGACGGGUCACUGAGCCAGAAGUGGAAGCUCGUGGCCAGCAAGGAUGGCUAUACCUUGCAAAACGUGGCCAGUGGUACUUUUGCGGCCAUCGUGAAAAUAGGGAAGGAAUUGCUCAUCCGUGGAUCUAAGAAGCCGACCCGUUGGUGGAUCAACCCGAUCCUCCUGCCCAGUGAGACGGCAGACGAUCCACCAGCCUAUCAGUUCUUUAUGUCGACUGAGGUGCAGCAUGUGAUGGACGUAUGUCGCCUCCCGCCCCUGUGGACGCUCCUCCAGGACGCAUGGGAGAUAUUCCUGCCAUUCAUGGAUCCGCAGCCCCCGGACGAUCACCGAUUGGUUUCCGAGUCCGAUCUCGCCGUUGCAGUCAUCGCUCGGGACAACUGCGAAGUCUCCAGUCAAAUCUGGACUUUGGAUGCCUGCACAUGA